AUGGGACAACUGAUCGGCAAGUUGAUGAGCAUCUGCGGGAAACAGGAACACAGGGUUAUCAUCGUGGGACUGGACCAUGCAGGAAAGACCUCCAUUUCCUACCAGUUCCUGAAGAAUGAGGUGGUCCCUACAUGUCCCACCAUCCGUAGCAACGUGGAGAAGAUUGUUUUGCAAAAGACCCACUUCUUCAUGGGGUACAUAGGAGGAGAGGAGGCUCUGCGCUCCGCUUGGAACACAUACUCCUCCAAUGCUGAGUUCAUCAUCCUUGUGAUUGACAGCACGGCCCGGGAUCGACUGCUGACCACGCUGUAGGAGCUGUGUAAGAUGCUGGCCCAUGAGGCUCUGUGAGAUGCUUCCAUCCUGAUCUUUGCCAAUAAGCAGGACGUGAAGGACUCCAUGACCACCGUGGAGAUCUCCCAAUUCCUCACCCUUAGUGCCAUGAAAGACCACCCGUGGCACAUGCACACACAGGGCUGCUCUGCCCUCACCGGGGAAAGGCUGCCUGCUGGGCUUCAGUGCAUGCAGUCUUGGGCCACUGUCAACUGA